AUGGGCGUUGUGUUGAACCUAAUUGACGCCAUACUGCUUCUGUUCUUCCUCUUGAUAGCAGUGGUGGCUCCUCUCAUUGAUGCUCAAACUUGUCUUCCUCUCAGUUACUUCCCAGACAUUCUUGUCCAACUCAAGGAAAACUACACCCACGACUAUGGUGAUUACCUUGUGGCUGAAAAGCCACACUUUUUUGUAGGGCUUGUUUGGCUUGAGCUUCUAUUCCAAUGGCCUGUUGCACUCCUCAACCUCUAUGCCAUUCUCACUUCCAAGCCUUGGUUCAGCACCACGUGUUUGAUCUAUGGCGUUUCUACCUCUACCUCCAUGGUUGCUAUAUUAUCAGAAAUGAUGAAUUCCAACAGGGCAUCGGAUAAGCUUUUGACAAUGUAUGUCUCUUUCAUGGGUUUGGGUGUUCUGGCUUUGCUGCGAGGCUUGCUCACAUGUUCAUCCAAAUCAACUUCAGUUCUUGGCAGAAGACCUGCAUUGGCGAGGAAAAAGCGAGCUUGA